AUGGCCUGCCUAAGGCGUGGCCAAGCCCCCUGUAUCCGGGCAGGGUUCAGUAUGACCAGCUUCCGGAGGCGCCCAAGAAACGCACGUCAUCGGCUCCAGGUGCCGGGACUGGGCAGGGAUGACCCUGGUCAUUCCUACUACCUGGCCCGCUGCCAGGGCCGGAGCGACUGCGCGGGUGCCGCAGCCACGCCGAGGCCGAGCCCGGGAGAAAGGCUGGGCGAGGAAGGGCAGCGCCACUCCGGACUCCCCGCCAUCCUGUGGGGAGCUGCCAGCCGCGCUCCGCCGCCCCCCGCGUCCCCCAGUGCCAGCGACGUGGACAUGCAGCCCGUGGGCGAGGCCAAGCUGCCCUCGGCUGCCCGCAGCCCCCAGGGUGCCAGGAGGCCGGCCUGGAGACCGUGGGCGUGGCCAGCCUCGGCCGCCAUGCAGCUUGCUGAGGGGGGCAGACGACUGCCCAGCAGGGCCAAGGGCACGCGGUCGCCACCCCGGCUCCGGAGCGAGGGAGACAGGGCGCCCAGGCUCACGCUCUCCAAGAGAAAGCUGCAGCUUCUGCUCGCAGAACCUGUGAGCACUAAGAGAAAGAAGUACGUGGCCUGUUCUGGGGUGACUGGAUUGGGUUCUGGAAGGGUCCAGAAGUCACCUGGGGUGGGGGCUCAGGUGCGAGAGCAGAGAGCCAACGUGGUGCCCGUGGAUGCUGGUGGCUCUGUGCCCGGCCCCUUCUCCCAACAGGGUGCCCCCCCCACCCUCUGCAGGCUGCAGGACUCCCCCAAGUGCAAAUAA